CAUGACAAAUGUCAGAUUUGUAAAUGUGACUGAUACAUAACCUUCUAAUUUAAGUAAUCCACGUGAAAAUUCAUAAUAUUUUACAAACAAAAGUUUUAAACAUGUGUACGGUAUUAGAUGGAGAUUUAGAAGACGAAGAGAAAUUUAUGGAAGCGUUAACCAUCGAACCAAAAAGUAAAAACUGUUUAAAAUGUGGAACUGAAGAUACUUCAAUUGUUUUACGUGGAAAAGAUUCUUACUGUAUCAAUUGUUUUCAAGCUGCUAUGGACCAUAAAUUUCGAUCAACAUUAGGAAAAUCGCGUUUAUUACGUCAUGAGGACAAUGUAUUGAUAAUUUACCAAGGUGGUCCUGAAGUUAGUACUAUGUUAAAAAUUAUAGCAAACGGUUUAAAUCGAAAAGAAAGGCAUAAAAAAUUUGUAUUUAAUUCGAUUAUACUCUAUCUUGAGCAUGGAGCAAUUUUAAAUGAGAAUAUAGAAUCUCGAAAAAUUUUAGCUGAUAAAGUACAAAUGGAACUACGAGAUUAUGGAUUUCCUACUUAUAUUUCAUCCAUAUCCAAUACUGUUGGGAAUGAUGCAUUACUUUUUGAUGAGCUUAACUCGAGUUUUUUUGAUAAUCUGAGUGAUGAAGGUAUUAAAAAUGUUUUAAGUAAAAUAUCAACUUUAUCAGCACAGCAAGAUUUUCUAAAUACAGCUCAAAGAAAGCUUGUACUAAAAAUAGCAAAAAGCUUAAAUUGUAAAUUUGUAUUUUACCCGGAUAUUUCCGUGGAUAUUGCUAGCAAAACUUUGGCAGGAUUUGCUUUGGGUCGCGGUAGUCAUAUCACUAUGGAUGUAGGUUUUAGCGACACGCGCGAUCCAUUAGUAACAAUUUUACGUCCAAUGCGUGAUUUUAGUAGAGAAGAAAUAACAGAAUUUUGUAAAUUAAAUGAAUUAAAACCAAUUCAAGUAAAAAGAUUUGGUGAUACUGGAAAUUUAUAUUCAAGUAUACAAAAUUUGGCCGAUAAUUUUAUUGGAGAUUUGCAAAUGAAUUUCCCAUCAACAAUUUACACAGUUAUUAGAACAGCGGAUAAAUUAACGGCAAAUGAUACAACGGAAAUGGGAACAAAAUGUAAAUUUUGUUUAACACCACGCGAUAAUUUAACUGCUAAGGGCAAAGUAUCUGCCUUAAAUGCUGUUGAAUUUUCCCGUAUAGCAUCGAAACAAAGUGCAAAAAUGAUCACUAGUGGUAGCUACGAUCGGCCUGAAAUUGAUGGUUUGGAACAAAAUGAAUUUUGUCAUGGAUGUAAUUUAACGUUAAAUGAUGUCUCAGUACCAGAUUCGAUACUUGAAUUUAUUUUAUGAGGUUAAGAAAAACCUCGAUGCACGACGACGAAUAUCUUAUUAGAUGGAUUUGAUUAUGAUUUCCUGGGCGAUAAAGUUUGUCCAUGGAUUCUUGGAACAUGACGGAAUUAAAAAAAAAAAUUAAAAUGUACUUACACUUUGCUCAUGUUUGUAAUCCUUGAUGAGUAAAACAAGUUUCUUCAAGAACUAAAAGAGAAAAUUGUAAUUGUUUCAAAAUAUUUUUUAGCAGGAUGUGAUUUGU